AUGGCGGAGCUGAGGCACUCGAGCUCGUUGGGAGCUCGAGCCUCUUCCUCACCAAUGAAGCGUGACGAGGACGCCUCACCUCUCAUUCACGGUGCAACUCACGACGACGAUCACCGCCAUCACUUGUCAAGAGAUCGUGACCGUCCCUUUUGGUCAUUUCUAAGUGACGAUCCUAGGGUUUUUUCUCCUUUCAACUCCAAGAUCUCGUUAAUCUUCAUUUCUGUUUUUGUUAUCGUUGUAUUGAUCUCCGCUUUCUCCAUCUUUAAUCGAUUGAAUGCUCCAUACCUGUGUAAGAAAGAUGGCAUUGUUCUGAAUUGUCCGCAUGUUAAGGAACCUCCUUCACUUUGGGAAAAUCCUUACUCUGCCACAACUUCUUGGAAGCCUUGUGCUGAGCGCCGUGAAGAUGGGAUAUCAGAUCUUCCUCCUGAAAAUGAAACAAAUGGUUAUAUAUUUAUCCAUGCAGAGGGCGGUUUGAAUCAGCAAAGGAUUGCCAUAUGCAAUGCUGUAGCAGUGGCCAAAAUAAUGAAUGCUACCCUUAUUUUGCCUGUUUUGAAGCAGGACCAGAUCUGGAAAGACCAAACGAAAUUUGAAGACAUUUUUGAUGUUGAUCAUUUCAUUGACUAUUUAAAGUAUGAUGUACGAAUUGUUCGUGACAUACCUGAAUGGUUUACCGACAAAUCAGAGUUAUUCACAAGCAUAAGACGGACAGUGAAAAACAUUCCAAAAUAUGCGCCUGCUCAAUUCUACAUAGACAAUGUGCUGCCUCGAAUCAAGGAAAAGAAGAUAAUGGCCCUCAAGCCUUUUGUUGAUAGGCUUGGAUAUGAUAAUGUCCCUCCAGAAAUCAACAGGCUAAGGUGCAGGGUGAAUUAUCAUGCUCUGAAAUUUCUUCCUGAGAUAGAGAAGAUGUCUGAUUUGCUGGUAGCGAGAAUGCGUAACCGCACAGGAAUUUCAAAUCCGUAUAUGGCUCUUCAUCUUAGAUUUGAAAAAGGGAUGGUAGGUCUAUCAUUCUGUGAUUUUGUGGGGACAAGGGAGGAGAAAGCUAGAAUGGCAGAAUAUAGAAAAAAAGAGUGGCCUCGACGGUAUAAGAAUGGUUCCCAUCUAUGGCAAUUGGCCCUGCAAAAACGGAAGGAAGGACGGUGCCCUCUUGAACCUGGGGAAGUAGCUGUGAUUCUUCGGGCAAUGGGAUAUCCUAAGGGAACUCAGAUUUAUGUAGCUUCUGGCCAGGUUUAUGGUGGACAAAACCGAAUGGCUCCACUGAAGAACAUGUUCCCGAGCCUGGUAACAAAGGAAGAGUUGGCAACCAAAGAGGAGUUGGAUGGUUUCAGGAAGCAUGUAACAAGCUUGGCAGCCCUCGACUUCUUGGUUUGCCUGAAGUCUGAUGUUUUUGUGAUGACCCACGGAGGCAACUUUGCUAAAUUGAUUAUUGGGGCCCGUAGGUACAUGGGUCAUCGACAUAAAUCCGUAAAACCAGACAAGGGGCUAAUGUCCAAAUCUUUUGGAGACCCUUACAUAGGCUGGGCGACUUUCGUAGAGGAUGUGGUUGUCACUCACCAAACGCGAACUGGAUUGCCAGAGGAGACCUUCCCUAAUUAUGACCUAUGGGAAAAUCCUCUGACUCCUUGUAUGUGUAGAGCCUGA